AUGAAUAUCUUUACACAGUUUGCAACACAAUUUCUUAUUAAUAAAAAUACGCUUGUACAAUUAUUAAAAACAUUAAAAUUUUCAAAUGAAUUUAUCAAUGAAUUUCGUAAUGAUCACAUUUAUAUUGAUGAAGAUGCAAUCAGAAGAAAAAUUCGUAUUUUAUGUGAGAUAACACAAGAUGAAUCUUUUCAAGAUUUAUUGUGUCAUGAUAAUGGUAUUCGAUUAGUUUUUCAUACAACACCUCAUGAAUAUCGUUUUAUGCGAUUUCGUAUCAGUUUUGAUAUUAAAAUUAUUGCAAUCAUUUUAAAUGAUCAACAACAAACUAUGCAAUUUUUAAUUAGUAAUAUUCAAAUUAAAUCACUUAAUCAUCUCUCAAAACCAUUUCGAUUUUGUGUUCAGUCUAAAGUUCGUACUUUGGUUAUUGAUGAACUAGAACGCGUAUGUACAGAACAACAUAUUCCAUAUGAAAGAUUAUUUAAUAAUGUAAAACGUCCUUUAGCUUAUCGAAUUAACUUGUCCAAUAUGAAAGAAUUAGAUCAAUUACGUGAACGCUAUUUAAUUAUUGGUAAUCGAUCACUACUUGAUUUAAUACAAAUAACAUGGAUUGAACAUCGAGAUCAAGCUAUUGUUUUAGGUUAUCUUUUAAAAACAUCAGUAAAUGAGAAAGACAACGUUUUCAUCUAUUCAACAAGUGACUUUUGA